GGAAACCUUCAUGAGCUGUGUCUUUUGUUUGGGUUUGUUUUAGAAAUCUGCAAAACAGUAUUGUCGAGGAAAGUUAUUAAUAAUUUUAAUCAAAAAGUCAGACCAUGCAUUAGCAUAACAAUAAGAAAUCAAGCGUAAGAAAUUGGAUUCCUACGGCGUAACGUUCAAGAUGGCCAUGCUAAUUGCAAAACAAGACAGUACGGGGUCUUGAAAUUGUUGCGUUUAUUGUCAGCAUUUAUUGGCUCACAACCACUGUUAGCGUAUGAUGUCAGAGCUCAGCGACAUGUAAUUGACUUUAUGCUGAACAUCAUCCAUUUCCAACGAUCUAAACAUUACAACACUUGAUAGAAGUGAACUUUUCUGGCUAUUUUGAUAAAUCUUUCGAGAUCUUCCUUGGUCAAAGAAAUGCAUAAAGGAGUUCUGAUCAGUUUAAUUUCAUUCCAUAUGGUUGCAUUCUUCGAAGUUCAUGUUGGCAUAAGUCGAGCCGUUUCGCUUCCCAGAUUUGUUACAAUAGGCUGGUAUCCAUUUCCUUGGUAUGUUUUACAUUUUUACUUCUUUUUUUUUUCUGACUGUACUUCUCUUUGUUUGCGUAGGUGCUGUGUUCUCUGAUCAGCUCCAAGCAGACUACGAGGCCGCAUUUAGAUUCGCCAUCGACACAAUAAACAAGGACAAGUCACUGUUACCGAAUACGGAGCUUAGAGUGAUUGUUAACAAAACUGCAACGCUGGAUGCUUUCAAAAACAUUGAAAUGGUCCAGUACCUAAUGCAGAGAGGAGUGGUCGCCAUAGUUGGACCGAUGACUUCAACAGGAGUCAAGUUUACCCAGCCCUACUGCGCCGGUUUUCACAUUCCACAGCUUGCUCCAGUGGCAACUGAUCCAACCUUCUCGUUCACGCCAGCUAAUUUUCCGUACCUUGUUCGCCUCAGUCCGAGUGAUACGAUUCAGUGUCAGGCAUUGGCAGGACUGAUAUCGCACUAUAACUGGACGCAAUUUGCCUUGUUAACUUCUAAGGAUGAUUACGGUUUGUAGUUGUUCUUUCCCCUUGGUUAUCUCAAUUUUCCUUGUAAAUGAUUCUAGGUAACAAUUAAGCAAAAAUGGAAACUCGACAUAUUGAGGCAUAACAUAAACACUCGAUAAAACACACACCAUCUGUCACCAUUCUACAUGUGUUUGCCCUCCGCGCCGGGGGUGGGAACUCACAUAUGAAAAAGUCGGGGAAGCUCUUCGUCUCGCUUACGGGAAUAAAUCAAGGAUUCUGAUUUCACUUAGGGUAUUGAUGGCGAAAUGGCGCUAUUUUUGCGCUCAAAGUAUCUUUUAGGGUGCACUCGAAGAAAUAAUAAAAUAAACGCUCUUGUUUCUGUUUUUAGGCUCGAUUUCCGCUGGUAUCUCCAGCCGGUCUACAAGCGCGGGAUCCUUUCCUGAACAGUGGCUUGUAAUCGACCCUAUUCCGUUUUAAUUGGCAUCUUUUAGGGGUCAAAUAGAGUCCAAGCCACUCCCAGAUCGAUCUCCUUUAGGCGUUUAAUUCAAAUGUUCUGACCAGCAUCCCCGACCUUUUCAUAUGGUAGUCCCCCCACCCCCUGGGUGUCUGCCUAGUGAAAAUGAGGUGAUGGUUAACCUGGCACCCUUCUUUGACCUAAGUAAGGAACAGAGUCCAGGUCGAACAGAGUCUAAGCCAAACUUGUAAGCUCAAACUUAAAUUAGUUUCUGAACCUGUUUGUGAAGCAAGAACGCAUGUGGAAUUCAGUUCCGUUGAGAGUUAACACGCCCAUCCCCGAAAUAAAGCUAACUUGGGUUUCAGCCAUUUAAACAGAAUACAGUUUAACUUUUCCUUCUUGUUUUCUAUAUUCUUCAGUACAGUGUCUUCUAACAGGCCGAUCUACUCACGUUUCUAGGUAUAAAUGGCCUGUUGGCUUUAAAAGACAUGGCAAAUCAGAGAGGAUGGAAAAUCACUGCCAACGAGCACUUUGAUCCCGUCAGUGAUUUCAGCACUCUUAACGUGAUUUCCCAGCUGGAAACGAUUCAAAAGACACGCACUCGAAUUGUUGUGUUAAACACACUUACAAGAUACACAGCUGUUAUAUUAACACAAGCUUUGCAGAUGGGAAUGCUAAAGGACUGGGUCUGGAUCGUGACUGAUGGAUCUACCAAUACAGUAAGUUCAUAGAUUGUAAGUUCAUUGAUCAUCGCAGUUGCAAAUUAUUUAAUAUAUUUAAUAUGUUUACUUGCACAGUAAGUUCAUGUUGGUAUUGAGUUCCAACAAUAUGCAAUCAAUGAAGUUUUAUAAUUUAUCCCAGUAGAAAUAAACAAAUACGAUAAUACCGUUCAUGAUCAGUAUGUAGAGGAAUGUCCUUAUGAGGUUCUCGCCGUGUUUCAAAAAACAUUUGUAUCCAAAAUAUUAUUGGAGAGAUGUGUUGCCUGGGCUACCUGGCAUGCGCGAAUACCAGUUUGGACUUCUUGUUGCAUUUUCCCGUAGGACUGGAGCUUGAUCCCAGGAGACUAUCCACUUCAUGAGUUUUACGGCGUGAUUGGUACACGGCCAUCAUUCGGAACUGGUAAACUCUACCCAAACUUCAGUAAAGAAUGGAAUGCAAAAGGCCACGAUAGAGUCAGUGUAAGUACUUGUUUAUGAAAAAAAAAAACAUAGCAUGUCGAAAGUAAUUAUGCAAUUAAUGUUAUUUUGGUUCUGUUUUUACUACGGCUUGAGAUUGACUGAGUAGUCUAAUUGGCAAGUAAUUGGUUUGGUUUUGGGUUUUACGACACUCAAUUAAAAACUGCUCCAGUAAAUUAUAAUAUAAUUGUUUUAUUGCAUUAAUUAAACAGACACCUGGAGGCAAGAGCUACGAUGCUGCACUUACUGUGGCAGCCGCUUUGGACAAGAUGAUAAAAGACGGACUUGAUGUGACGGAGACCUCACUUGAGUUCGAUUUUGGGGGUAUAAUCACUACUAAACCUUGGCCACCUGGUCAAAAGCUAAUGGAAUAUAUUAAGAAUGUGAGUAAUCCUUUCAAUAGGAAACAUGGAAAGUAAUAUCAAUCACCGAAUGAUUGUAGCUGCAAGGGUAUUUACAUGCACAUCGCAUUUAUCGCUACGAUAUAAGUUUCAGCGUGUCGUAAGUAGAGAUCCAUUACAGGGUCUUUCAAAGCGGAAACAGUUUAUCCUCUUGGUAUCCAGGAUUGGGUCAAGAAAAGAUAUACUAAGAGUGUCUUUUGAGGACUACGGAACCAAAAAAGAGUGUAUUUCAUAUAUUGGUUAAAAAAUUGAAACUUUUCCUGUCUAUCCAACUCGUCUCUCUUUUUAAUUACGAGGCUUUACAGCUCAAGAUAAUUUAAGACAUUCUAUACGGCAUGAUUUUUUUGGUCUUAGGUCUCUAUUGAUGGUCUGAUGUCAACCCUGUCGUUUGAUGAGAGUGGUUCACCUGGCUAUGCUGAAUAUGAUAUUGUUAACUUGGGAAGAACGGGCUUUAUUCAGGUCAGUUAGAAAGUAGUGUAGGCUCUGUCAAGAGAACCAUCAAGAAAUACUAAGUGUUGAUAGGUAGCGGCCUGUGUGUUCAUUAUUUUGGUCA